AUGUUAAAAAAAUUACCUCACAUACCUGAAAUAAAAAAAGAUGCAGCAGACUGUGAUGGCGACAAAUUAAUUCCGUGUCCAGAUGAUUGCUCUGAUGCAGAAGAUAGCGAAUCUUCCUAUGAAGAGCUACCAAAGUUAGAUGUCAACCAAAUUGUCAACUCAAUCGUAGACCCUGUGAAAAUGUUUUUUUACCAUCUUCUUUAUCCUGAGUACCGUGUUACUGUAGAUGUAUAUGCUCUUAUGUUUUUCUGCGAUUUCAUCAACUUCUUCAUCGUUGUCUUUGGCUAUUGGGCAUUUGGGACUGAAGGUUCUGAAGCUGUUACAUCAUAUUUUGAAGAAAAUAAGGUUCCAAUACCAUUCUUAAUUAUGUUGAUAGCUCAAUUUGCUACAAUUGUCACUGACAGAGCAUUAUAUUUGAGAAAAUAUAUAUUAGGAAAACUAAUAUUUCAAGUUAUAUCUGUUUUUGUUGUGCAUAUGUGGAUGUUCUUUAUUCUUCCAGCCAUUACAUCAAGGGAUUUUGUAUCAACUGGUAAUUUACCUCCCAAAAUGUGGUACUUUUUCAAAUGUAUAUAUUUGCUGCUUUCUGCACAUCAAAUUCGAUCUGGAUAUCCAACUCGUAUUUUGGGUAAUUUCUUCUGCAAGAAGUACAAUUAUGCUAACCUUUUCCUUUUUAAAGGAUAUAUGAUUAUUCCUUUCCUAUAUGAGCUUAGAAGUUUGAUGGACUGGAUUUGGACUGAUACCAGUAUGAACAUAAGCAAUUGGCUGAAAAUGGAAGAUAUUUAUGCAAACGUAUUUGUUUUGAAAUGUACCAGAAGAGCAGAAGCAGACUACCCAACACCUAGAGGUGCAAAACGCACUGCUCUGAUAAAGUAUGGUGUUGGUGGCUUCUUACUAUUUUUAAUCAUCCUCAUCAUUUGGUUCCCACUCUUACUGUUUGCAUUGGGCAACACGGUCGGUCGAAGCAACAUUCCCAUCAGUUGCACGGUGGAACUCUCCAUCACUGGCUAUGAACCCAUAUUUCAAACCACUGCCCUGAGGCAUCAGAUAAAAAGUUUCACUGAUGCCCAAUGGAAGCAGAUGGAAAAAGAAGUGGCAAAUUUGGCCCAUCCAUCAACCACCAGUUUUCUCACUGGAUAUGACAAAGAUGACACUGUCAUAGUUGAACUGAGCAACAAUUCAACCUCUGUCUGGACAAUCAGUCCUCCUAGUCAAAAGGCCUUGAUCGAAGAAUUGAGGGGCACAAAUGAGCUUAAAAUGGUGUUAUCGUGGUCUUUCAUGAGAGACAAAGAACUUCAUGCUACAGAUCCCAUUGUCAGAGAUCAAAAUGAACUGAACUUGACUGAUACUGGUUUGAGAGAUAGCUUGGCUAGAGCUUUGAGUGUAAACUAUGGUAAUGUUUCAACUAUUCGUGGAGCAAUUCCUGAAUCUACAAAUAUCCAGGACAUAUUUCCCAAUUUCGUCAAAAUACCUGGAAAAGGAACUGCUUCUGUUGUGAAACAGUUCUACAGCAAAGAAAUUACAAGAAAUAAAUCAUUUUUUGGUACAACGCCAUUCCGAGGCUUGAACAUAUCAAUGUGGACUGGAGAUAUGUUGAAUGACACUGACAUGCCAAAUUCAUCCAUAGCUCAUUAUGUAGAGUGGUGGGAAGUUCAAGAUGACUGCAGCAGUAAAACACCCUAUGGAAUUUUGGGCAUUCAAAAUUGUAAUUUUUUGAGAAUCAUCGCAUUCAGCGACAAAGCUUUUCCCUCAGAAUUGUCCAUUAUAUCUGGAUAUGGAAUUGUGGGGUUAUAUACCACAUUUGUUCUAGUCGUGUCUCGCUUGGUGAGAGGCUUCGUCGCAGGAACAUCCUUCACUAUUAUGUUUGAUGACAUGCCUUAUGUAGAUCGUGUACUGCAGUUGUGCUUGGACAUAUACCUGGUGCGAGAGAGUGGAGAAUUCACCCUGGAGGAAGACUUGUUCGCGAAACUCAUAUUCCUCUAUCGCUCUCCGGAGAUGCUCAUCAAGUGGACAAAGCCCCCUGAGAAUGUCCCGGACCCUGAAAAUGAAAACCGACAGCUUCCUGGUCUCCAACGAUAGUGGAAACCAGGAAGUGUGUGUCCAUUCAUGGCCGCACUUAAUUCUAAUAGGCCAUGACAAUCGCUGAGACUCAUGGCAAUAAGAGGGCGCAACAGGCAACCCCUGCUUUCCAUUACGUUGCCAUUAAUUGGUGGCUUCGGUUCAGCGCCUCUUGUGGUCAAAAUGGGCGACAUAUGAAGUUUCGAAAUUUUCAAGAAUUUCAAGAGCAGAUCAUAGUUGCAUCGGUGCAAUACAGAAAAAUCAUAAAUAGUUAAGGCCCUUAAAGCGUCAGCUCCAUCUAGUGGGGUCAUGGUCCAACGAUACGAAGCGUCCAAUGAUAGUGUAACUAUUUGUGACAAAAAGAAUGGGAAAAUAAUGCGAGAGAAUAACUUGUAACUCAACAAUGAUUCUGAAAUUAUGUCAAGAAUUUUUGUAUUGAAGUGUUAGUACGUAGAGAGAGAUUUUUAUUUAUAAGUGUUAAAACAGUACAAAUAUCUGCUUAUGCUAAGUGCCUUUUUCGUUUGGCGACUUGUAUUUUUUUUUCAAAGUAUUUGCUUCAGACAGAAUUGUGAUAGAUUUGAUUGAUGAUCUUAGUUGCCUUUUAAACUUAAUACUAAUCAAGCGCCUGUUUUAGGACUUAGAAAGUGUGUAAUGUUUCUUAAAUUGAGAAUUUUAUAUUUUAGACCUCCGAAAAAGAUGUAUUAGUACUUACCUUAAAUUCCUAUAUAAAUCAAAAGAUGUGUAAGAUUGUUGAUUGAUCUGUUAAUGAUAGUUUCAAUUUUCUCUAGAAAUUUUAUUUAUUUCUUUCGAAAAUAUUUAUUCUUUCAUUCAACAUGUUGAAAAGUUUCUUAUUGCGUAGUUUUUUGCAUAUUGUAAUUUUCUGGGGUGUUCUGAAUGUUCU